UGGACUUAGGCAAGGGGUCCAGGUCAGAGUUCAGAGCUUUCAAAUCCCAACUUGCCCCUGGGGAUUACGCAGCUGAUGUUUACAUCGCCUAGUCAAGCCAACCGGCUCGCUCUUGUUUCAGCAAACCCUGACUUACGUCUCCUAUUUGACUUGAGGCGGCACAGUGGCCAAGUCGAUUGGCCGUGGCAAGUGACCCUCCCUGUGGCUGAAGUGUUCUGAGGACUGGCGAGAGAGGCGCGCCAUGCUUGCCCCCUGUUCAGGUUGGGAGCUUGGCUGCUUCCGUCUCUGUCUCCGUCAGGUCCGACUGUGGGCUGGCGCUGGGCGCUGGUCUUGCUGGGCUUGCCAAGCCAGGCCGUACAGCUCAGGUAGGGGCGAGCGCUGGCCCGGAUCGGAGACUGAGGUCCCUCCACCUGGCCCGGCGCGCCGAACUCUGAAGGAGUGGACACUGCAGGUGAGCCCGUUCGGUCGGCUGCGGGCGCGGCUCCCAUGCCACCUGGCCGUGAGGCCCCUGGACCCCCUCACCUACCCGGAUGGCGACCGCGUGCUGGUCGCGGUGUGCGGCGUGGAGGGCGGCGUGCGGGGCCUGGACGGCCUGCAGGUGAAGUACGACGAGGAUCUGGAGGAGAUGGCCAUUGUGUCUGAUACUAUCCACCCCCAGGCGUCCGUGGAGGUGAACGCGCCCCUGAAGUUUGGUUUAGAUAUCAAGUCAUCAGGGUCUGGCUGUGUAAAAGUUCAAAGUAUUGAGGGUGAUAACUGCAAAAUUGAAACAGAGCAUGGGACUAGCAUCUUGCAGUCUGUUAAGGGUCAAAAAUUGCAUGUUCAAACAAAAGGAGGCAAAGUGAUCUGUUUGGGAACAGUUUAUGGAAAUAUAGAUAUUCAUGCAUCAGAUAAAAGUGCUGUGACCAUAGAUAAACUGCAGGGAAGUUCUGUUACUGUAUCUACCGAAGAUGGUUUGCUGAAAGCCAAGUAUCUUUAUACAGAAUCAUCAUUUCUGUCUUCUGCUGCUGGGGAUAUUACAUUAGGAAGUGUUCAUGGUAAUAUAACAUUACAAAGCAAGAUGGGUAACAUCACAGUAGAUUCGUCUUCUGGAUGUCUAAAAGCCUCAACUAAUCAGGGUGCCAUAGAUGUUUAUGUCAGCCAACUGGGGAAAGUGGAAUUGAAAUCCCAUAAAGGUUCUAUUAUUGUCAAGGUCCCAUCUUCACUUCAAGCUCAUUUACAGUUAUCAGGGAAAGAGGUUGAUGUGAACUCAGAAGUCCAUGUUCAGGAAAUGGCUGAAGCUCAUAAAGAUGAUGUUGUAACAGUGACUGGUAAGGAGGCUGCAUUUUGCUCUGUCAGAUGAAUAGCCAUUCUCCAUACAUAAGUAGAAAUGUGGUACACUUAACGGAAAUUUUAGCUUUUUUAUAUUUUUCCAUUAUUACGUCCUCAUGUUUGACAUCUUUUUUUCUUCUAGUUGCUUAUCAUUAAUAUGAUGCAGCCAUUUUGUUUAAAAAGACCUCAUUAAAUCAUUUAGGAACACUCAUUAGUCCUGUCAUUGGGUAAAAUUGAUUUUUAAAUUUUCUAGAAGAGCUGUUUUCUAAUUCUUGAACUUAAAAAUAAACUGAAUACAUAUAUUAUAAUGCAAAAUUUAAAA